CCGAAGCGUCGCCAUGCAUGUGAACGAAUUCUACCCCUUAUAUUUAAAAACGCGCGCGCGCGCGCUUCUUCAUUAACAAUAACAAAUUUUCAUUAACGUGCACAAGUGUUUUCUUAAUUUUAUCACUAAAACAAAUUCUAUAAACUUCCCAUGAAAACAUUUUUUUAAAUACAAUAAUUUAAUUUAUAAAUUAAACAAAAGCAAAUGUUUUGUAAAUAAAAACAGACUUUUUAAUAGAAAUUUAAUAAUUUCCCAAGUAAUUGUUUGCGACAUUUGUAGAAUUCUCUCAGAAGUUGAAUACCUCGUUUUACAGUGUAUAAAGCGACUAAAUUCAAGUUAAAGACCACCGGAAUUGGUAUAAAUUUCGAAGUAGAAAGUAACUCGGAAAGUAAGUAAAUUUAAUACUCUAUAAAAUAAGAGCAGAAGCAGGGACUAGGUGCAAUGUUAACUAGUAGUGAGGUGUGAAACUUGAAAGAAAAUGUGCGAUGUCGCGUGGCAGUGAUAAAAGGAGCGUGUGAAUUUCUGCGGGGAACAAGUGGUGGAAAUCUGCAUUCGAUGACUACAUAUGCAGUUCAGUGACUUGCCAAUUAUCUGGAGAAAAAAUAAUAAAUAAAGAAUGGAAUUCUUCAUUUUUAUCAUUUCUUGCAUUUUCACCAUGUCCACAGCACUAUACUUUCCACAAUCAGACUUAAUACUCAGAGUACCAUAUUUGGUUGACAAUGGAAUUUCUUUGAGUUCGGAUAUAAAUUUAUUUACUGUCAGACUGCUUCGAAAUGAUUCAUCAAUUCCGAAAGAUUCAAAAUUUCUAAUUGUAUCACCACGAGAAAAAAUUGCCUCCCUCGAUUCAAGAAAUGGAAGUCUCAUUCUACAUGCAUUGCCCAAAGGAGGAAUUGCGAGUGUCAUAGUUAUUCAAGCAAAAGAACGAAAUGGAGAUACUGCAUCGUUAGAAAUUAAAGUGCAACCAGUUCUAAUUGAAAAUGGACGAGUUAAUUGUACCGAUUUUAUAGAGGAUAUGUGCUUUUGGCAAGAAACCAAGUACAGAAUAUACGAGAAUCAACCAGUUUCUAUGCUUGGCAUUCUUGGGCCUGAAAUAUACAAAAAUAUUUGUUCUAAUUUCCAUGUAACACGCUACGAAUUAUUAAACGGAACACAAUUUUUCCACGUGGAAGGAAAUAGAAUUUUCUCAAACGAAUCUUUGGAUCGGGACUCGAAGGACAAUGUCAGAGGCACGGGAGCUCACGUGGAUGUUCAAAUUCGAUGUGUGGUUUGGGAAAGACAGACGGGAUUUCAACACGCUGUUGAAAAAACAAUUGGAAUCGACAUUCUCGAUCAAGAUGACAAUCCUCCCGUUGAUCAACUUAAGGGAAAUCUUGAAAUACAAUUGACAGAUUUUACUUUGGGCGACAGACUGGAUAAAAAUGAACUAAUGGUAAAGGAUGCGGAUGCAAUAACCAGUAAUCGAUACUCAGUCCAAAUUCUGGGCGAUAUUUACAACGCCUUCAAUAUCACAUACGAUACUCUGGCGGUGGAAAUCGGUCCAGAAGUCCCUUCGUCGACAGUAAUUUACACAAGAAUUUAUUCUAGGAUGACAUUGCUGCCAAUAUCACCUUACCGAGUAGUUCUUCAAGUGAGAGACGAAUCUCUUCUUCCAGGAUAUGGCAACAAUUCGGUCAAUAUAAAUUUAGUUUUUGUGGGACCUCAACAUCAUACAACAACAUCGACAACGUCCUUACCAGUUCGACAAACAAUCUCCUACCCAGGAAGUGUAAAAAUUGCACGAAAAUCUUCGCAGUAUUUUCGUGUUGCUCAGCCCAUGAACCAGUCAAACCCAAAGCUUUUAUUCAGUCUGACUGGAUCAAAAGCUUUCAACAUCACCCGGAAAGGAGGAAUAAUUUUCGUCUCGAAUCCCGAUCUUCUUUCUGCUCUUUCGUCUCCAUUUCUAUUAAAAGCGGAAUGGAAGGCACCUGAUAAUAGUAUUUCUUCAUCUCAAAUAACAAUUCAUUUGAUCAACAUUUCCUCGCUAAGUAACGAUACUUGUGAUUUAAAUCAAUGGGCAUCUCGUUCGUGUGCAAAUUCUGAAUCCAGAAAAGAUUGCGAAGCCAGAUGUGGAAUUGGCAGUGGUUUAUUAAGUAAUAGUGAAUAUAACGGCCAUUGCAUUUGGAGAUUGAACAAUGCCAAUAAUCCUGCAGCCGGAUUAACCGAGAGAUACGAAACAUGCUCUCCAGGUUUGAUUCAUUGCCCAGAUCGUAUUUGCGAUGAACUCGAGGUUCUUGAUCAUAGAAUUUGUCCCCAAGACUGCACGAUCGAAUCUGAAGUGCACUUUGGCGAAAUGAACAAGGGUGGAAGAGGAAUACGAAGCGGAUUAGGGAUUUGUACUUGCAAUGACAUGAUGCAGUGCACCUGUGGUCUGGACUCUUUCCAGAUAAAUGGAAGCCGAGAUCGAAGUACCAGAGGGAAAGAUGGAAAAGAUGGUUCUAAAUGGAAAAAAGAUCGUGAAAGUGAAUUCGUACCGGUCGUUUCGGACGCUCGUAAAGCAUCCAAUGGAUCUUGUGGACCAACCUGUUUAAUUGGCGUCAUUGGCUCCAGUUUUUUCCUUCUUCUAAUAAUUGUCGGAUUCUUCGUCAUGUGGAGAUAUCGAGUGGCACUAAAAGGAUCCCGUCGUGACUGCAAACACAGAAGAGAAAAUGGAACAAAUGGUUUAGGAAUUUUGCCCUCGGAUUAUAUUGAGAGAGGAGAUGGACUUCUGAUUGGUCUCGAUUCUCUCGCAGGUGUAAAUCGAUCUCUCCUGCUUCCUAAGAGCUCUCCGCCGGAUCCAAAAUGGGAAUUUCCUAGAUCUCGGCUAACGAUAGAGCAAGUAUUGGGCGAAGGUGAAUUUGGCAGAGUUUUGCGUGCGAAAGCGUUGGAAAUUGGCGGAUGGACAGGUUUGACAACUGUUGCUGUAAAAACUCUCAAGGAAGAUGCCUGCGCUUCUGAAUUGGCGGAUUUGCUCUCUGAAUACCAGCUAUUGAAGGAGGCUCAACACCCGAACGUUAUUCGUCUCCUGGGGGCUUGUACUUCUCCCGAUGGACCUGUUUAUCUCAUCAUCGAAUUUGCCGAGUUUGGUUCAUUGAGGAAUUAUUUAAGACGCAGUCGCCACUUAGAGUCGGAAGGUAGAGUUCCAUGUUCAACGUCUUUGCUUUCGUCAUCUCCAAAUAAUAUUAUUCAGGAAAUACAGACGGAUCUCCCAUCAAAUUAUACAAUUACACCACGAGAUAUUUUGUCCUUUGCUUGGCAAAUUAGUAAAGGAAUGGCAUAUCUGGCCGAUAUCAAGCUGGUACACAGGGAUCUUGCGGCACGAAAUGUUUUACUUGCGGCUGGUAAAGUUUGUAAAAUUUCCGAUUUUGGUUUGACUCGCGACAUUUAUGAAGAUGACGCUUAUUUAAAACGCAGCAAAGGCCGAGUUCCAGUUAAGUGGAUGGCGCCAGAGUCUUUAGCUGAUCACGUUUACACGAGUAAAUCGGACGUAUGGAGUUUUGGGGUUCUUCUUUGGGAAUUAGUUACUUUAGGAGCUUCUCCUUAUCCAGGAGUAGAUGUCCAUAAUCUGUAUAAUCUUCUCAAAGCUGGAUAUCGUAUGGAAAGACCAGCAAAUUGUUCCCCUCAACUAUACAAAUUGAUGGUCUCCUGUUGGCAUGACGAACCAGGAAUGAGGCCUUCAUUUAAAGAGUUGACAUUCCACUGGGAACGUAUGUUGGAAGACGGUGUUGAAUAUUUAGAUCUGAAUCCACGAACAGUUCACAAUCAAGCGUAUUUCGCCUCUCUCCAUGCUCUGGAUAGUCCUACAAAAUCGCCUAGCGAUAGAAUUUUAGACGGCGGUCCAACGACAAUAAGGACAUUGGGCUCAAAUGCGGUGAAUUAUUUAAGUAAACCAUUCUUCGAGCCGGUAACAAAAAGCGAUAAAGUGGACAAGUUGCACACUCUUUGGCAAAAUCCCAUCGCCUCAUUUCCUGAGGAAUGCAUAAAAUCGGCAUAUGUAAAUGAUCGUCCCUCCAAUAUGAAUAUUAAUCACUACGAGUCUCCAAUAAAAUUUCGUAAUUCCAGUGUGACAAGUAACAGUGAAAAUGAUCUGUCAACUCCCACAGCGCAGUCAUAUAUUGACAUGCAGGGAAAACAAGUGUGCGUCGAUCAAGAUCUUCUACUUUUCAACAAUAACGUUGAACAUCAAUCCGCGGUUUAGUCUGAAAAAUGAACCGCAUAAUUGUAAACUCGUGAAAAAAGCUGUUGAAUACAGCAAUUGAAAAAAUUAAAGAAUCGAUAUUCGCUCUCAGUUCUUCGAAAUCAAUGUAAUUUUCUCGAAAAUCUGAGGAAUAACAGAAACAGAGAGAAAAGAAAAUACAUUGUGCGUUUUUAAGAGUCUGUUUGGUGAGCAUAUGUUAUGUUUUGUUUAAAAGAAAAGGAAAAGAAAACUCGAAAAACAAGAAGGAUUUUUUAGUGUUCCUCUGAAGGAAGAUUUGUAAAUAAAAACAGUUAUAUGAUUUUCGCCAAUGAAUCUAAGUCAAGUCUUUAAAGAAAGAAAAGCAAUAGUCGUGAUAGAUGAAAGAAAAAUGUAGGAAAAAACCAAAGAAAUUAAACGAAAUAAUCAAUAUUUUUAUCUAAUGAAACAGCGUAUCGUUAAAAUGUAAUUGUCGAUCUUAUCUUAUAAUUAGUCGAGCCUUAACUUUAAAAAAAGUAAGAUGUGACGCGAUAAACAUUUUGCAUUUUCAUAAAACUUUAUCUUAAGCGAAAGGAAUUUUUCACCAAUAAAUUGUUGAAGAAAAACAAAAAGAAAUUGUUGAGUUCUAUUUACAUAUGUAUAACUUUUAAAACCAACGAGUUUAACAUUCUUAUGCAAAAUAUUUAAAACAAAUAUUCUAAAAUUGAAAACAACAAUUAUUUAAACAUUACUUUA